UGAUCAUUUGGUCAAACCAUAAACCCUCCUCCAUACCAGGCAGUGGAGGCUCCACCACCUUCUCCUCUUUCCAUAAGAUCUUUCGCUACCGAAAAAGGAGAAAAACAAAAACAUUUUUUGAUUUAUUAAUGGAGGAUUGAGAAACAGAGGAGAUACACGUGGACAUAUAUACAUACACAAAGAGAGGUGGGAGGGUUUCGAGAUUUGGAGGGAAUAGGGAAUUAUAGGUUGUACACAGCAGCAGAGAUUUUUCUAGUUUUUCCACGACUUUAGAGAGUGGAUUGCUCUGGAUAUUUGAAUUUGCACAACGGAGAGAGAAAAGUAAACGCAGGAUUUUACAGUGUCCCAAAGUUCUAGAUUGAGAAGCUUGUGGAAUCUAGAGAGAUGAAGAUUCAGUGCAACGUGUGCGAGGCGGCGGAGGCGAGCGUUCUGUGCUGCGCGGACGAAGCGGCUCUGUGUUGGGCGUGCGAUGAGAAAGUACAUGCUGCCAACAAGCUAGCUAGCAAGCACCAGCGGGUUCCUCUCACCAGUUCUUCCUCACAGAUGCCAAGAUGUGAUAUUUGUCAGGAAAUGGCUGGCUUUUUCUUUUGUCUGCAAGAUAGAGCUUUACUCUGCAGGAAAUGUGAUGUGGCUAUACACUCUGCAAAUGCCUAUGUUUCUGCUCAUCAAAGGUUUCUGCUAACUGGAGUGAAAGUAGGUCCUGAGCUAACUAACCCCGGUGCAUCCUCUUCCAUUUUGAAGUCUCCUUCUAGUGAGAGAACAUCGGAAAAAACUUCAUAUUCUUUGUCCAGAAGGGGCACCCAGACCAUAUUAACUGGUGAAUCUAAUCCGGUUCUACCCACAAAUGCUGGUGGAGUUAGCGACUUCGCAACUACAGAAGUGUCAUUUGCUGGUGGUUAUGCAGCAGGAAAUAUUCCACCUUGGCAAAUGGAGGAAUUUCUUGGAUUAGCAGACUUAAGUCAGACUUAUGGUUACUUGGACAAUGGGUCAUCCAAGGCAGAUAGUAGCAAGCGAGGAGACUCUGACAGCUCCCCAAUCUUGAGAUCUGCUGAAGAAGAAUUAGAUGAUGAUGAUGAUGAGUGCUUGGGCCAAGUGCCAGAGACCUCCUGGGCAGUGCCUCAGAUUCCUUCCCCUCCUACAGCAUCAGGGUUAUAUUGGCCAAAGAAUUUUCGGAAUUACUCCAAUGCUUCAGUUUCUGUACCUGAUAUAUGCCACUCCAGUGGGCAAAAUCCUCAAAGUUGUCAUUUCAAUGAGAGAGUCUCUAAACGGAGUAGGCAAUUCUAGCCUUCCUGGAAACUUCAUUCUUACAUUGGAAGCAUAGGCAGGGCCUUAACUGGAGAGCGGCAAACUAGUGCUCCAGACUUGGAGGUGUUUCUUAGAGAUUAGUUUGGUUUGUAA